AUAUUUGUUUAUUACAAGGUGGUUUGGGUGUAAGUAAACCCCUCUGAUUCCCUUCUAGGUAUUUGAGUAUUCAAAGAGAGAGAGAGAGAAGCCCAAGAACAGAUAUCCUUAUUAAAUCUUCUGGGCAUUUUUUAUUUAUUUUUUAAUUUUUUGCUUUUGGAGAUUUUAAGGAUGAAAAAUACUGGGAGAAAGAAGAAGUUCAGUUUCAGCAAGAUCUACUCAUUCAAACGUGGGAAAGGACAAUCAUCAUCGUCGUCGAAAGACGAACAGUCACAGAUUGGGGGGCCUGGUUUUUCAAGAAUUGUUGUCUGCAAUAAGGGAGCAGGAGAGGAAGAAGAAAAUGGUAGUAGUGUUGGGUAUUAUGCGAAAAAUUAUGUUAGGACAACAAAGUACACAGGUGCAACUUUCUUGCCGAAAUCUCUGUUUGAGCAGUUUAGGAGGGUGGCUAAUUUCUUCUUUCUGGUGACUGGUGUUCUUUCUUUCACUGCCCUUGCACCUUAUUCUGCAGUCAGUGCUAUCGUGCCUCUCGUUUUCGUUAUCGGUGCUACCAUGGUUAAGGAAGGUAUCGAAGAUUGGCGUCGUAAACAACAGGACAUUGAGGUCAACAACAGAAAAGUCAAAGUGCACGAAGGUUCCGGAAAGUUCAGCCAAACCGAAUGGAAAAAUCUGAAAGUGGGAAACAUUGUCAAAGUGGAAAAAGACGAAUUCUUUCCGGCAGAUUUGAUUCUACUUUCCUCAAGCUACGAAAACGCAGUCUGCUACGUUGAGACGAUGAAUCUCGACGGCGAAACGAAUCUGAAACUCAAACAAGCCUUAGAAGUGACAUCAUCCUUAAACGAGGAAGACCUAAAAGAUUUCCGAGCCACAAUCAAAUGCGAAGAUCCAAACGCAAAUCUUUACAGUUUCGUCGGCACUAUGGAAUUCGAAGAGCAACAACACCCUCUCUCUCCUCAACAGCUUCUCCUUCGAGACUCAAAAUUAAGAAACACCGAUCAUAUUUACGGGGCAGUUAUUUUCACGGGCCACGACACAAAGGUUAUCCAAAACUCGACCGAACCUCCCUCGAAGAGAAGCAAGAUCGAGAAGAAAAUGGAUAAAAUCGUCUACUUAUUAUUCGGCGUUCUGUUUUUGAUGGCUUUUGUGGGGUCCGUUUAUUUCGGCGUCGUGACGAAAAACGACUCGGGCAGAAGGUGGUACCUAAGGCCAGACGAUGCUAACGUAUUUUUCGAUCCGAAACGAGCCACGUUUGCUGCCGUGUUUCAUUUCCUGACAGCGUUGUUACUAUACAGCUAUUUAAUCCCGAUUUCUUUAUACGUUUCGAUUGAAAUAGUCAAAGUGUUGCAGAGCAUUUUCAUCAACCAAGAUGUUAAUAUGUACUACGAAGAAACCGACAAGCCAGCUCGUACAAGGACCUCGAAUCUGAACGAGGAAUUAGGACAGGUGGACACGAUUCUUUCGGACAAGACAGGCACUUUGACUUGUAAUUCAAUGGAGUUCAUCAAGUGCUCAAUAGCCGGCAUUGCUUACGGCUACGGUGUGACUGAAGUCGAAAAGACUAUGGCGAAGAGAAAAGGGUCUCCGUAUAACAGUUCUCAGAUUCGAUCCACGAUCAAAGGGUUCAAUUUCGACGACGAGAGAAUCAUGAACGGGAAUUGGGUUAACGGGCCCCGCUCAGAUGUUGUAGAGAAAUUCUUUCGAUUGCUUGCGAUCUGUCAUACAGCAAUUCCAGAUAUUGAUGAAAAUACGGGGAAAGUUACGUACGAAGCUGAGUCACCGGACGAGGCUGCGUUUGUUAUUGCCGCUAAAGAGUUCGGUUUUGAGUUCUUUAAAAGGACGCAGACGAGUGUUCAUGUGAAUGAGUUGUGCCCCGUUAUCGGAGAGAGUGUAAAAAGGUCGUACAAACUGUUGAAUAUUAUAGAAUUUAAUAGUUCAAGAAAAAGAAUGUCGGUUAUAGUACGGGACGAGGAAGGAAAUCUACUAUUGCUCUGCAAAGGUGCCGACAGUGUGAUGUUUGAGAGAUUGGCUGAAAAUGGAAGAGAAUACGAAAACGAAACGAGAGAACAUGUCAACGAGUAUGCUGAUGCAGGAUUGAGGACUUUGAUUCUUGCUUAUCGAAAACUCGGUGAACAAGAGUAUAAUUUGUUCGAAGAAAAGUUUCUGGAGGCCAAGAAUUCGGUCAGUGUCGACCGUGGGGCUCACAUAGACGAAGUGACUGAAGAAAUAGAGAAAGAUUUGAUUCUUCUCGGUGCAACUGCCGUUGAAGACAAGCUCCAACAAGGGGUGCCUGAAUGCAUAGACAAGCUUGCUCAAGCAGGGAUAAAAAUAUGGGUUUUGACUGGCGAUAAGAUGGAAACCGCCAUUAAUAUCGGAUAUGCAUGUAGCUUGCUUAGACAAGGAAUGAAACAAAUAACUAUUACAUUGGACAAACCAGAGAUCGCAGCUCUGGAAAAAACGGGAGAUAACGACGUAAUUGCCAAGGCUUCAAAGCAAAGUGUUGUUAGGCAGAUUACUGAAGGGAAGAAUCAAGUCGAUGAUUUGAACUCUGAGGCUCUUGCUUUGAUUAUCGACGGGAAAUCACUUGCGUAUGCAUUAGACGAAGACGUAAAAAAAUUGUUCCUUGAACUUGCAAUCGGCUGUGCAUCUGUAAUAUGUUGCCGCUCGUCUCCAAAACAGAAGGCAUUGGUCACAAGACUUGUCAAAGAAGGAACAAAGAAGAUCACUCUGGCGAUAGGCGAUGGAGCCAACGAUGUCGGAAUGCUUCAAGAAGCAGAUAUUGGAAUCGGAAUCAGUGGUGUCGAAGGAAUGCAGGCUGUAAUGUCGAGUGAUAUAGCAAUUGCCCAGUUCCGAUUCUUGGAGCGGUUGCUUCUGGUGCAUGGACAUUGGUGCUACGAUAGAAUCUCUUCAAUGAUUUGCUACUUUUUCUAUAAGAAUGUCACCUUCGGCUUCACGGUGUUCUUAUACGAGGCAGCCGCAUCGUUUUCCGGACAACCUGCGUAUAAUGACUGGUUUUUGUCCCUUUACAACGUUUUCUUCACUUCAUUACCCGUGAUUGCUAUGGGGGUCUUCGACCAAGAUGUCUCCGCUACAUAUUGUCUAAAGUUCCCUUUACUAUACCAAGAAGGCAUGCAAAACGUCCUAUUCAGCUGGCGGCGUAUAAUUGGCUGGAUGCUCAACGGUGUAUGCAGCGCAGUCAUAAUCUUCUUCCUCUGCGUAAAGACACUAAGCCCGCAAGGGUUCAACAAACAAGGCAAGAUCGCAGAGUACCAAAUCCUCGGAGCAACAAUGUACACGUGCGUCGUCUGGGUAGUAAACUGCCAGAUGGCGCUAGCGAUCAGCUACUUCACGCUUAUCCAGCACGUCUUCAUAUGGGGCGGAGUGGCCGCAUGGUAUCUCUUCCUAUUGGCCUACGGGGCAAUGCCCCCCAAGAUAUCCACAACGGGGUAUAAGGUUUUCGUGGAAACCCUAGCACCGACCCCGUUUUUCUAUCUAGUGACGGUUUUCGUUGUAGUUUCGGCGCUUGUGCCUUAUUUUGCGUACAAGGCCGUUCAGAUGAGAUUCUUUCCGAUGUACCAUGGCAUGAUCCAGUGGAUAAGGUACGAGGGUAAAAUCGAGGAUCCGGGGUACUGCGAAAUUGUGAGGCAAAGGUCUAUCAGACCGACAACUGUCGGUUUGACUGCUCGUUCUUUGGCAAGAACAAGCCCUUUGAAAGAUAAUAAAAAUCAGAGAAGUAGAUAACAUCCUCCGUCCCCUCCGGGCCCUGUUUUCAAGAAACGGGCUUUUUUUUUUAAAUGUAGAUAAAAUUCUGGCUGUACAUGAUAUUGGUGGCGGUGGCGGUGGUUCGUUUCGUUUGUCAAGUACAAACCUAGGAGUCUGCAUAUAAGUGUAUAGAUUUUGAUUGUAUCGUAUGUUGUACAAACUAUGUAUCGGUUUGGCUGCACUAGUUUGUACAUUUCUUUCGAUCUUUGUACCUUGUACAAUACGGCAUCUCGAGAAUAUUACACAAGUGAGAUAAAUUGUAUGUUGUGAUUCUGAUAUAAAGAUCAAAUUUUUUUUUCU